UAGCAUGCCCCGGAGGGCUGACGCUUUGUGAGGGACCAAGUGUUUCGCAGGGCGAUUGGAGCUGGCCAGCGGCGGCUGGGUGAUGAACGACGAAGCGAGCACCUUGUACACGGACGUGGUGGACCAGAUGACGCUGGGCCACCGCUGGAUCAACGCUACCUUCGGACCCUGCGCUCUUCCCAGGGCCGUCUGGCAGCUGGACCCCUUUGGACACUCCAAGGAGCAGGCGGCCCUGUUCGGCCAGAUGGAGUUCGACGGCCUCCUCCUGGGUCGUGUCCACUAUCUGGAUCACGACUGGAGGCGCGCGAACCACAAGGCAGAAUUUCUAUGGCGAGGGGACGACAGUCUGAAGCAGGACAUCUUCACGGCGGUGCUCCCGCAUGAGUACUCGGCACCCGUCAGUCUCGAUUUCACGGGUCCGUUCCUCACGAAAGAGCAGCUGAAAGACUUUACGCCGCUCGUGCUGAACAUCACUCGUUCGGACGGAUUCCGGACCAACCAAAAAAUUGUGAUGUUUGGAGGCGACUUUGCGUUUUACAACGCGACGCGCUGGUACAGUCAGAUGGACAGCCUCAUGGACAUCAUUAAUUCCGAAAAGGACAGUGGAUUCUACGCGUUCUACUCGACGCCCGGAUGUUUUCUACGGAGCCUGAACACCGAGUGGACCACGUCACUCGUGAACAGCUCCAACGAGAUCGAGCCUGUCCACAGGGGCGACUUCUUCCCCUAUUCGGACAAGCCAGGUGACCUGUGGACGGGCUUCUACUCUUCCAGACCGUCGCUCAAGUACUUGAUACGACGGGCUUCCAAUUUUCUCCAGGUAACGUUCAAAACAUCGGUUUGCGUUGGUUGGGUCCUCCUGGCUCUGUGCUUCCACUUGAGUAGACUGUGA